UCUCUUCUUUCUUUCUGUUUCUUUUCUUCUUGUCUUGUUCUAUAGCUUGGUGCUUUUUCGUUUGUUAUUCCCCAUUUUGCUAUAUUUCUGGGUCUUCUGAGUUCUGCAAAAAAACUGUGAAAUUUCCUUAGCUCAAUCCGAUUUAAGUUUUCAACUAACCUUUUUAUGAUCUUAAGCUUUCAUCUAUCGUUUAUCUUCAAAGUCGUGGACUCAUCAAGUCUCUACCUUUUUUUUUCUUUCUGUCUUGGAAUCGUUUCCUGUUGUAGAUCCUUUUCACGGAACUGUGGAUCUUUAUGAGAAAUCGGAAGGAAUUUCAGUUUCUGGUUUGUAACACUAAAUAUGAAUAAAAAACGAAAGAGCUCCUCUCUUCUUCGCUUGUUCCCUUUCGUGUUUUUGCUUGGAAUGGUUUUCCUUAUAGGGAAUGCGUUUAUUACAGUAGACUAUAAAGAGGGAAUCUCGGGAUGGAGUUCGAUAAUUAGACUUAAUCUUGCAAAACUGAAGAUGUGCAAGACACAAUUCAGGCCUCCUGGAAGCGAGACAUUACCAAGAGGUAUUGUUGCAAGUAAAUCUGACUUGGAAAUGCGACCAUUAUGGGGCGCAAAGCGCAAUAAGAAACCAAAGCAGAACUUAUUGGCCAUGGCAGCCGGAAUAAAACAGAAGGAAAGUGUCAACAAGAUUGUUAACAAGUUUUCAUCAAGUGAGUUCGUUGUAAUGCUGUUUCAUUAUGAUGGCUCCGUGGAUGAAUGGAAGGAGUUUGAGUGGAGUGAAACUGCUAUUCAUAUUUCUGUUGUAAACCAAACAAAAUGGUGGUUUGCAAAGCGUUUUCUACACCCGGAUAUUGUCUCAGCAUAUUCUUACAUAUUUCUCUGGGAUGAAGAUCUUGGUGUUGACAAUUUUGAUGCUAGAAGCAGGUAUGUUUCAAUUAUUAAAGAAGAAGGGCUUGAAAUAUCACAGCCUGCUCUUGAUCCUCAUUUAUCUGAAGUGCAUCAUCAACAUACGUCACGGGAAAACAAAUCGAGAGUACAUAGGAGAACAUACAAAGUCAUUGGUCGGGCUAGGUGCAAUGAGAAUAGCACUGGACCUCCUUGCACGGGAUUUGUCGAAAUGAUGGCUCCUGUGUUCUCCAGAGCAGCCUGGAGGUGUACAUGGCAUAUGAUUCAGAAUGACUUAAACCAUGGAUGGGGUAUAGAUUUUCAGCUUGGAUAUUGCGCGCAGGGUGAUCGAACUAAAAAUAUCGGCAUUGUUGACUCCGAGUAUAUACUUCAUCUUGGUCUUCCUACCUUAGGAGGUUCAGCUGAAAAUAAGACUGAUUCAGGAGAACUCGAUCAGACCAAGAGUCAGCAUAGUUCAGACAAAACUAAACCAUCACCGAUAUCCCAAAUGUCAUCUGGUAGAUCUGAGGUUCGGAAGCAGACUUACGCUGAAUUGGAGACCUUUAAACACAGAUGGAAAAAUGCUGUGAAGAACGAUGAGUGCUGGAUAGACCGAUUCCGAGCAUGAAAGAUUGCUUGUUUUCGAUAGUAUUAUACAUUCAUAGAAGCACAGUAAUACCCGGAAUACCCCGAGGAAGCAAAACAGAAGUAGAGAACCGGAGUACCCCAAGGAAGCAAAACAGUAAUUUCACAGCACUCUGAGGAUCUUUAUACCAAUUACUGGAGGUAUACAUGUAGCUAGGAUGUUACAAAUUUGUACUUGAGAACCGGAGAUUUAUGUGGAUUUUUCUAUCUCCCACUUUAUAGAGCCUCAAAGUUUAGAGAAAAAAUAUUACUGGUGACUUAUAUAUGUACCACAGGAAGUACACAAGAUUGUGAAAUAAAGC